AUGAAGUUACCAGCUGCUUUAGUACGUCCGUUGGUGAUCUUGUUGGUAGCACUUCAAAUGCGCGAUGUCGACGCUCAGAAUACUGCCAACCGAAACAAUGAGGAAACCUCGCACAUCGUUCUGCUUGGAUCGACCCGCUCGGAUGGGACGCGCGAAUUUCGCUGCGGUGGCUCGUACAUCGGUCGGAACAUUAUUCUAGCCGGGGCACAUUGUGUCACCGGUAAAAAUCAGCCUACCCUCAACACAGUCCAGUUCGGAAGCGGCGACAACGGAGUGAGACACUUUCGCAUCGUGAACCAUACGCUGCACUAUCGUUACAAGCCACAGUUCGAGUACCACAACAUGGCCAUCUACCAUUUGGACGGCCGUCCCGACAUCCUUAGUGGUGGCCAGUUCAAGCCAGCUUGCAUCCUAAAACCCCACAUGAAGUCGGGCGUCGUUCAGAUGGUUGGAGACGGUUCGGACGGUCGCGGAUUGUCGCUGCAGACGACUGCACUGGACGUGGUGACGUCCGAGAAAUGUCACGAAUAUUACAAUCCCAUCCCGAAGCUGCGAUUUGGAGUACUGCUGUGCUGUUUUUGCGCGAUGAAUUCUGAAACAACUGAAUGCUCCAACAUGCAUAGUUCGCCUCUUCAGUUCAUGAUCAACAGGAGCGGAAAACGCGUCCCGUUCAUAAUUGGUCACAAAUCGAUCGGCAAAGCGUGUGGCGUUAAAAGCCCGGCAGUGUUCACUCGCUAUGGUUCGUACUAUGAAUGGCUGGAAACAAUCACAGACCUGCCGCUGGAGGCAACCGAAUGUUUUAGGAACUACUGAUGGAAGCGAGAAGAUGAGUAGCAAUAAAAAAACUAACAUUUAGCUUGCUCCUGUCCAUCUACCAGCGGGCACAAAGAAGAGACGACCAUUUUCUACGUUUUAAGGCGGUCACAAAAACCAGUUCACAAUUAGUUUCUCU